AUGGACCACACUGACAAUGAUUUACAAGGCACUAAUAGUUCUGGAUCGUUGGGUGGCCUUGAUGUUCGAAGACGAAUCCCUAUAAAGCUAAUCUCCAAACAGACAAAUAAAGCCAAACCAGCUCCUCGAACUCCAAGGACUAUGAACAGAAUGCCUUCUAAGACACAGCCUAGUGAUGAAGAAGGAUUUGACUAUAAUGAAGAAGAGCGGUAUGACUGUAAAGGAGGUGACCUGUUUGGAAAUCAACGAAGAUUUCCUGGACACAUUUUUUGGGACUUUCAGAUAAACAUCUUAGGUGAAAAGGAUGAUACUCCAGUCCAUUUCUGUGAUAAAUGUGGAUUACCUAUUAAAAUUUAUGGGCGCAUGAUCCCAUGCAAGCAUGUUUUUUGCUAUGACUGUGCUAUUUUGCAUGAGAAAAAGGCAGAUAAGAUGUGCCCAGGCUGUAAUGAUCCUGUGCAGCGAAUUGAGCAGUGUAUGCGGGGUUCUCUCUUCAUGUGUAGCAUUGUUCAAGGGUGCAAAAGAACGUACUUGUCUCAAAGAGACUUACAGGCUCACAUCAACCACCGUCAUAUGAGAGCUGCAAAACCUGUUACUCGUCCUCCAAUUGAAAAUGUCCAUCCUCCCAUUGCCCCACCACCAGCUGAAAUUCCUGAUCGUUUUAUAAUGCCUCCAGACAAGCACCACUUGAGCCAUAUUCCGCCAAAGCAGCACAUCAUGAUGCCACCACCUCCUUUGCAGCAUGUGCCACAUGAGCAUUAUAAUCAACCCCACGAGGAUAUUCGAGCACCUCCUGCAGAGUUGUCAAUGGCUCCACCUCCACCUCGUUCGGUCAGUCAGGAAACCUUUCGAAUUUCAACAAGAAAACACAGCAAUUUAAUAACUGUCCCUAUUCAGGAUGAUUCAAAUUCAGGUGCCAGAGAACCACCCCCUCCAGCCCCAGCACCUGCUCACCAUCACCCUGAAUAUCAGGGUCAACCAGUGGUUUCUCACCCUCAUCAUAUUAUGCCUCCACAACAACAUUAUGCACCACCACCUCCUCCUCCACCACCAAUAAGCCAUCCAAUGCAGCAUCCUCCCCAGGCAGCAGGUACUCCUCAUAUGGUUUAUAGCCAAGCUCCUCCUCCACCAAUGACCUCUGCUCCUCCACCAAUUACCCCACCCCCUGGACACAUCAUUGCCCAGAUGCCACCGUACAUGAAUCAUCCUCCACCAGGACCUCCUCCCCCUCAACAUGGUGGUCCCCCUGUAAAUGCUCCCCCUCCUCACCACUAUAAUCCUAACUCUUUGCCACAAUUCACUGAAGAUCAAGGAACUCUGAGCCCUCCAUUCACACAGCCAGGGGGAAUGAGUCCUGGAAUAUGGCCUGCACCAAGAGGGCCACCUCCACCUCCAAGAAUGCAGGGGCCGCCCUCUCAAGCCCCACUUCCUGGACCACACCAUCCUGAUCAGACAAGAUAUAGACCAUAUUACCAAUGAUAGUAGUGUUUUGAACUGAAGAUAAAAUGGGGGGUGGGGGGUGGGAGGGGACUUUAUGUAUUUUGAGGGAGGAGAAGCACCUCUUACAGAGGUGGCUGUAAAACACUCUUAGGGUCUUGUAUCUUAAAAUGUUUUUAAGCCUUGACCUUAGGACUGACUUCAAGUAUACUGUAGUGCAGAUAAGUGGCUCAGUAGAGCACAACUAUAUUUUAACAACUUUGUGCCCCUAGUGUGGUAAAUUGACCCAGAGUUGAUCAUUUUGUAAUAUUAUUUCCUGGAAAAAAAAAUCAAAACAUUGUACCACUUUCAGAAGUAUUGCUUUUGUUAAAUCCAAUGUUUAGUUUUUCUUGUGAUACAUUUUGUUAACCUGUGUAAAAUAAUUAAAUUUCAAUAUGGUUGUAAAGAUGCUAUUUUUUAUGUGAACUUGAGUGGAGUUGCAUACUGUUUCUUAAAACCAUAUGUUUUGCCACUAAUAUUU